AAUGUGGAAAUGCAAUUAAUGGGAAUAGGUCGAAAGUCCUGAUAUUUUGACUCGAGCCAUAAAGCACUUUUAUGUGGAAUAUUAGUGUACAGUAUUGUAUUCAAGUUUAUUAGCUUAGAACACAAGGAUUACACUAGAAAUUUUAUUUUUUUACUGCAAUAUAUAAGGAAAUAACUCUGACAAGGAAAAAUAUGGUAAUGCAGACCGCCAAUUUGUAUCUAAGGUUGCUAUUUACUUUUCAUUUUUCUGAAGAGUUAAGCAGGAAGCGGUAAAUUGCCGGAAGAAUGUCCAGAGAACUGGUGCUGAUCCUUUGCCGAAGCCUCCCUACUCCAGUGAGGAGCUUAUUAUUGCAUCUUCCAUGAUGGGCCCUGAAUUCAACAUGACUGACAAUGUCUACGAGACAUUUGUUUCACGCCCAAUGAAUGAAGCAGAAAAGCCCACACUGGAUAUGGAUGUUUGUAUGGAAGAUCAGCAUCACAAGUCACGUGCUCCAGCUUUGUCCUCUGCUACUCCUGUGUGUACUUAUCCCAGCUAUUCUUCUAGUUACUGCUCUCACAACCUUAUUACCUCUUCAACUGUCCCUAACACGAGCCCUCUUAUCCAGUCAGUGGCCUCUUCUGUUUCCGGUGCAGCUUGUACUUCACUAUCUGGCCCUUCUACUUGUGUUUCUCCCUCUCUUAUUCAAAUUUCCUCACCCUCCCCAACACUCCCUAUUCAUUCACCAGUAGUUCCACCUUUGUCUGAUCCUCUUACAUCACCCGGUACUCCUGUCGCUUCACCUCCACCCACUUGCUCUUUCACCUCCCCCGUGUCAGCAGUGACAACCAGAAGUAAAAAGAGGAGGUUUACCGAUGAGUACGCUGCAUGUCGGCAGAGGCAAGAGGACAGUCACAGCAUGAAGAUGAAAUUUAUGAAAAAGGCACAUGAUGCCGAAAUGAAACAGUAUGAGGCAAAGAUGAAAGAGUAUGAGGCAAGAAUGAAAGAACAUAAGGCAAGAAUGAAAGAGCAUGAGGUACGAAUGAAAGAGUAUGAGAUAAAAUUGCAAGUAUCAAAAGAGAAAGAGGCGUUACUAAAGUAUGAACGCGACAGAUUGCCGCAAUCUUUUGAUAAAUUAGACAUGUUUUUAGAUAGUGGCCAAGCAGCUUAUCAGGAGAUGAUCAAGUCAUGCGAGUGAUAUCAUACAGGAUGUUUCAGAUUUCAUAAUUUAAGGGGUGUCUUCCCGAGACAUACAUAAGGAUAAAUGACUCCACGACGAGUGUCAAUACCCUAUAUAUAAAUAUAAAGAUUUUUCUGAAGAUUUUGUUCACAUGAGUUUUGAAAAUAAUGUCAAUUAUAAAUCAUUACUAUUUUUGUAUUUUUAUGAAAAUAAA